GUACCCUACCACACCGCCAACGCACGCUCUUGUCUCCAUGGUGACAGCUGCCCCUUCCGGGUUCUUGCACGUGCCGCCGCCCCCCCCCCCCCAGGGGGGGAACCUUCUCUCCUCCAUCCCCCGAACAGAUUUUGCCUCUGUAUUUGCAGCUGAGCAGGAAUGCCGGAUGGAUGGAUGGAGGUGGGAAGGCUCCUCUUGUGGCAGAACUGAACUUAUUGGGGGGGGGGUUAGGCCAGCCGCCCACAACAUGUGCACUCAGGUGUGGAAUUCCUCAGAUUGUCAGCUCUCCCCUGAGUUUUUCCUCAGUAAGUGAUCACGAUGCUUACAGAGCAGGACUGCGUCCAGUUAAUCAAUGGAAAGCCUAUGGCCUCAAAAACUAUCCAGGGUUUAUAUUUAUCCCAGAUCCCUUCCUUCCUGGCUGCCAGCGUCACUGGGUGAAGCAGUGCCUGAAGACAUACACCCAGAAGCCUAAUGUGUGCAAUUUGGAUAUGCACAUGUCUUCUACUGAAACCACUGAUCUGUGGGGGAAGAGUCAGCAUCAGUUGCGAAACAAAAGUUCCAGCAAACGGGCCUCAAAAACUUUACUGGAAAAGCUUCGCUGGGUGACUUUGGGUUACCAUUAUAACUGGAAUACAAAGAAAUAUUCAGCCAACCACUACACGCCUUUUCCAUCUGACUUGGCUUUCCUCUCGGAGCAAGUGGCUAAAGCUUGUGGUUUUCCACGUUUCCAAGCGGAAGCAGGAAUCCUCAACUACUAUCACUUUGAUUCAUCUCUGGGAAUUCACGUGGAUGAGUCCGAAUUGGACUAUUCUCAACCGCUUCUAUCAUUCUGUUUUGGACAGUCAUCCAUAUUUUUGUUAGGGGGGCUGAAACGAGAUGAAGCCCCUGUGGCCAUGUUCAUGCACAGCGGGGACAUGAUGAUCAUGUCCGGCUUCAGCCGCCUGCUGUACCACGCAGUCCCCAGGAUUCUUCCCAACCUGGAGGGGAAGCCUUUGCCUUCUUGCCUGGAGCUGCCUCUCCCUGCUGGCCUUCCUGAAGACUCUGUUAUGGAGCCCUGCUCUCAGGAGGACUGGCAAGUCUGUGCCAAGUAUCUGCAAGCAUCCCGUGUCAACAUGACUGUCAGGCAAGUGCUUGCUGAAGGUCAGAGCUUCCCAACUGAAGCCAGGACAGGGAGAGACCUGGAUGCUUCCUCCGUAGGCUCUUAUCAUGAGGAGCACAGUGAAAUAAAAAAGCACAAGUCUGAUACGGGCAGCUGAAACCUGGCCAGAUGGAGCAGCAACAUACGAAGUGGAUUUGUUACAAAACGUUUUGAACUUUGUGGGCAAAGUACAUGGCUCAGACCAAAAGACUACUUGUGUUGUGUUUUCUCCCAAGGUCACACAACUAAAGAAUGUCGCUCCAGUGCUUUGGUUAACACCAUCUGAAUAUAAUAAACAUUCCCUGACUUAUAGCUGUCUUGUUACUCACUGUUACAAGUGACAUCUUUUAGAAGACAUCUGAAGGCAGCCCUGUUUAGGGAAGCUUUUAAUAUCUGAUGUUUUAUUGUAUUUGUAUUUUUUUGUUGGAAGCUGCCCAGAGUGGCUGGGGAAACCCAGCCAGAUGGGUGGGGUAUGUAUGUAUGUAUGUAUGUAUAAAUAAAUUAUUAUUAUUAUUA